UAAUAACACUUAGUUAACACACAACGUACAGACAACAAAGAAGUCACUCCUUCGAUAUUAAGACUUAAAGUAAAUAAUUUUUACGGCUUUGUUAAUUUAAAUAACAAAACACUGAAAAUUUUUAAUGGGAUGCGACUAAACGCAUUGUAGUAAUAUUGUUUGAUACAACAGAAAAUAUAAUGAUUUGGCCACAAAUCUUUGCAACCCUUCUGCUAUCACUUGAAAUAUCCCACGCCACGCAAACCAAAGAUGUCGUCAACUUCACCGAACUGUUUGGAUAUUCGCCACGCGGCAGCCUCAAGUUUCCUGAGCUAGCGGCGUAUGAUGGCUUUCACAGUGAAACUCACUACGUCACCACAAGUGAUGGCUACAUCCUUGCGCUCUUCAGAAUCCCACUCCAAGACACCUGCCCUGAAGACGACGAUAAACUUCCAAUCUUGUUUAACCAUGGACUCUACUUGAGUGGAGAUGAUUGCAUACUGCCGGGGCCUGGGAAAUCCCACUGCUACAUAUACUCCGAUAACUGCUACGACGUGUGGAUACCCAAUAAUCGAGGAAACCGCUACAGUAGGAAUCAUACCACACUCAAUCCUGACAAAAACCCCGAGUUCUGGAAUUUCGCCUGGGACGACAUGGCGUCUAAAGAUUUGCCAGCCAUUAUUGACUAUAUCCUAAAAGUUACUGGUAAGAAACAACUGACAUUUGUAGGUCAUAGCCAAGGCGUAGCAACAUUGAUUUUACUAUGCGCAAAACAGCCAGAGUACAAUGAUAAAAUUAAUGUAGGCUUCGGACUGUCAGCCACAGCUUGGCUGGAUCACUCACGAUUCUUACUGAUACCUGUAGAAGCAGGACUGUCCGCCGUUGCAGACGGUGUUAACAAUUUGACAAACGCAGAAUUCCUUCCAACGGGAGGGCUUGUGCAAACUGCCGGCACAGUCUUGUGCGGACUUAGCGAAGUCGAGUACCCGUUUUGCUCAUUCAUCCUCUUUGCUGCUUUGGGCUUCAAUAAAUUUAAUAUCAAACCCGAUGUUUUGAAAGCACUUCCUGGUCACGUUCCAGCCGGUACAUCGCUCAAAGACUUCAUUCGCUGGGGUCAGAUCAGGAAAAACGGUUUCACAGAAUAUGAUUAUGGGUUAGUAGGAAACAUAAAAGCGUACGGUAAACUGAAGCCACCAGUUUUCAAUUUAAGCGCAGUGUCAAUGAAAUGGAUUUUCCUCGCCAGUUUGAACGACUACGUCGGCGACCCAAGGGACAUCAAACGGCUAACACACGUGCUAUCCAAUGCUGAAAUGUGUGUAUUGAACGACACGAAGUUUGGGCAUCUGGACUUUUUGUAUGCGGAUAGCUUGUCGGUACAAAUUACUCCUAAAGUGCUGUCCUAUUUAGAGACUGGGAAUUACAAAUGUGAUACGAAUACCGCAAGUACUUUAUAAAGUCACGACAUGAUGGAGAUUGAUGAUAAAAUUCAAUAACCUGCUGUAUACCUAUAAUAAAAAACGAUUUAUCAC